ACUGUUUGGUGAACCUCUUCUCCAGACUCUCCCGGAGUCCGACGAGUGCUUCGGUAAGAUAUAUCAGAAACAACUUCAAUCACGUAAAUUCGCGACUAGCAGAAGAUUACAACCCCCAGCGCUGACUAAGCGAAAAGGACACCCCCGACCCCGCGACGCUUAGCAACCGCCGGCUCCUCAGAGAUCCGCUUCCGGGGUAGAGGUCGCCCCCGCCCCUCCUGCAAGAUGGCGAGCGGCGGCAGUGGGGGGGUUUCAGUGCCUGCGCUCUGGAGUGAAGUUAACCGUUAUGGCCAGAACGGCGACUUCACGCGCGCUCUCAAGACCGUCAAUAAGAUACUGCAGAUCAACAAGGAAGAUGUAACUGCCCUGCACUGUAAAGUGGUAUGCCUUAUCCAGAACGGAAGUUUCAAGGAAGCCUUGAAUGUCAUCAAUACUCACACCAAAGUAUUAGCCAAUAACUCUCUUUCCUUUGAGAAGGCAUAUUGCGAGUACAGGCUGAACAGAAUUGAGAAUGCAUUGAAGACAAUAGAAAGUGCAAACCAGCAGACAGACAAAAUAAAGGAGCUUUAUGGACAAGUGUUAUACCGGUUAGAACGCUAUGAUGAAUGCUUAGCUGUGUACAGAGAUCUUGUCCGAAACUCCCAAGAUGAUUAUGAUGAGGAAAGAAAAACAAACCUUUCAGCAGUUGUUGCAGCUCAAAGCAAUUGGGAAAAAGUGGUUCCAGAGAACUUGGGCCUCCAAGAAGGCACGCACGAAUUGUGUUAUAAUGCUGCAUGUGCACUGAUAGGACAAGGCCAGCUGAACCAGGCAAUGAAAAUCCUACAAAAAGCUGAAGAUCUUUGCCGCCGUUCACUAUCAGAAGACUCUGAUGGGACUGAGGAAGACCCACAGGCAGAACUGGCCAUCAUUCAUGGUCAGAUGGCCUAUAUUCUGCAGCUUCAGGGUCGUACAGAGGAGGCUUUGCAACUUUACAAUCAGAUAAUAAAACUAAAGCCAACAGAUGUGGGAUUGCUAGCUGUAAUUGCAAAUAACAUCAUUACCAUUAACAAGGACCAAAAUGUCUUUGACUCCAAGAAGAAGGUGAAAUUAACCAAUGCAGAAGGAGUAGAAUUUAAGCUUUCCAAGAAACAACUACAAGCUAUAGAAUUCAACAAAGCUUUACUUGCCAUGUACACAAACCAGGCAGAACAGUGCCGCAAAAUAUCCUCCAGUUUACAGUCCCAAAGUCCGGAACAUCUCCUGCCUGUGUUAAUCCAAGCUGCCCAGCUCUGCCGUGAAAAACAGCACAUAAAAGCAAUAGAGCUGCUUCAGGAAUUUUCAGAUCAGCAUCCAGAAAAUGCAGCUGAGAUUAAGCUGACCAUGGCACAACUGAAAAUUUCCCAAGGUAACAUUUCCAAAGCCUGCCUAAUUUUGAGAAGCAUAGAGGAAUUAAAGCAUAAACCAGGCAUGGUGUCUGCAUUAGUGACCAUGUACAGCCAUGAGGAAGAUAUUGAUAGUGCUAUUGAGGUCUUCACACAAGCCAUCCAGUGGUAUCAAAACCAUCAGCCCAAAUCUUCUGCUCAUUUGUCCUUGAUAAGAGAAGCUGCCAACUUCAAACUCAAAUACGGGCGGAAGAAGGAGGCAAUUAGUGACCUAGAACAGCUGUGGAAACAAAAUCCAAAAGAUAUUCAUACCCUGGCACAGCUUAUUUCUGCUUACUCACUUGUAGAUCCUGAGAAGGCAAAAGUCCUUAGUAAUCACUUGCCCUCGUCGGAUAGUAUGUCUCUUAAAGUAGACGUCGAGGCUCUCGAAAAUUCUCCUGGUGCUACGUACAUUCGGAAGAAGGGUGGUAAAGCUGCUGGAGAUAAUCAAACAAAGGAGCAAGGCAGCCAGGGAGAUUUGAAAAAGAAGAAGAAGAAAAAGAAGGGAAAACUGCCUAAGAAUUAUGACCCAAAAGUUACCCCAGAUCCAGAAAGAUGGCUACCAAUGCGAGAACGUUCUUACUACAGAGGAAGGAAGAAGGGUAAAAAGAAGGACCAGAUUGGAAAAGGGACCCAGGGAGCAACUGCGGGAGCUUCAUCUGAACUGGAUGCCAGUAAAACUGUGAGCAGCCCUCCCACCUCCCCAAGACCUGGCAGUGCAGCAACAGUAUCUGCCUCUACAAGUAAUAUCAUACCCCCACGACACCAGAAACCUGCAGGGGCUCCGGCAACAAAAAAGAAACAGCAGCAGAAAAAGAAGAAAGGCGGAAAAGGCGGCUGGUGAUUAGAACAUUCUUGUUGCAGUCUAUUUUAAAACUAGCCUCAAUGACACUAGGGACAUGAUAAAGGUAACACAGCAAGAAGCACACAAUAGCCCCCUCCCUUAUCCCCACAUUUUCAUAAAGUUCAUUCCUUGUGCAUCAAAUAGGAAAGCCAUCUUCCUCAAACUCGGUGCUUGGUUAGGCAUGGCCUUCUUGUAUCAUCUAGCUUUGCACAGAUUGUGAGGACUCAAAAUUGGGCAUUUACCCACCUUGGUAUCUGUUGCAUCCUUUCUCUUUGUGUGCUGAUCUGGUCUCUCUUCAGUUCCACAAACAAGGCAUGUUAUCAAAGGUUUUUCCAGGAUUUACUUUAGCAACUAGAAUCUGAAGAUACUUGUUUCUUUUCAAAUCACACUUAAAUUAUGUUUUAGGAGACUGAAAGUGGAAUCUUCUGAGCAUUCCAAAUAACCUGCUUAGGAAUAUCAUGUGAUAAAAAGGGACCUUAUUAAUUAAUAAUACACUGAUGUUCUUCAUUUCAUUAAAUGAGUGACCAUGAGAAAGCUAAAGUAAAUGACUUGAAUAUUCUGUCAUGUGAUACUGGAAUAUGGGAUACUUUUCAUUAUAUUUUUAUAUUUAUAUAAAUUGGGGCUCCUUAAUCUUCAGAUUAUGGUGACAUUAUACUGAUUUAGCACCAUUAAAGAAGUCAAGGAAUAUCAGUGUUGCAAAAAGUUGACUCUUAGACCCAGUGUUCUCAGGUCAGAUUGGCUUGAACUAUCUCAAUAAGAAAUAUUAAUGGCCCCUAUAAAGAGCAUGAACAUUGACUUCCUAAGCUGAGAGGAGUUUAGUACCAGGCAGUAUUAAGACCUAACAGGGACUGUUUGGCCCAAUUAAUAGAUAACUCAAACGGCCCCUCUUUCUAGUUAUGGGUAUGACCAUUCACAAGCCUUCUCAAAGUAAUGAAGUAUUUUAUAGUCAUCUUAUGGUGUAAACAUAGUGCUUGUCUUUCCUUGCUUACAAGCCACUUUCUCGUUGAACUGCUGCAAGACAAAACACAUUGGGAUGCCUACCCUUGUAUUCAUUUUAUGCUGCCCAAGAUAUCAUUUAAUUUAGAUGUAGGAAUAUUUCCUUGUGAUCAUAUUACUCUGUCCUUGUUAAUAAAGUGCUGCUGUGUUUGACUCACGUACCUACUGAAACUUCUUAAAAGUUUUUAGAAAGGCUUUCUUUUACUUCGGGAGAGAAGGUUAAGAAAUGUCGUGCUGCAUAAAAAGAAUUCGUGGUGGCAUCUAAAGAAAUCCUUGAAAUAGGAAUGAUUUAUUACGGCAUAAUACUUUUUGAGCUCUACAGAAAGCAAUCUUUUGGUAGAAGUGACAGAUAUUUGUUCCUUCUGAAUAUAUAUCCCAUUAUAGGAAUAACUUAGUAAAUUGUUACAUAGGCUCCAUUAAAUUUCUGUGGUAAAGGAUAAUCAUUUUUCAGUUAACUAAGCUACAGGAUCUUGGUGAAAAUUAUCCAUCAUUGGACAUUUUAACCCAACAUACAGCAGUAAAAUUUAUGGUUCUCUAUUUAGUCAUUGUUACUGCCAGUCAUUACGAAGCAUUUGAAACCUCAGCUCAAAUAAAUAAAAAUUGUCAAAAGAAGUAUAAACAUUUACAUUAGCUUUGCUCUUUUGGACAGGUCUUUAACCAAUGACAUAUAUACUGUGUGUGUGUGUGUGUGUGUGUGUGUGUGUGUGUGUACAUUUUUAAAAACCAGUAUGGAUGCAUCCAUUCACUGUGGUAUAUUGUGAAAUAAAACAUUCUAGUGGUGAAUACGGA